UCUUUUUGAAUUUGAAUUAGGUUCUGAGAUACAACAAGCAUCACUCAUUCUCUCUCAAUGUGCAUUCUCACUCACUGCUAGCUUGGUGCAAACAAAUCCCAUAAGCGCUAGAGGUACGGUACGUCUUAAAAUCUCAUCUUCAAAACCAUAAUAAUCAGAGUUGUUUGCAUUUCUAUGGUGCCAUUUGUUGUCUGACAUCUCUAUUACAUCUGAAUUUGUAUCUCUUUUCUCUUGUCGAUCACUUGCUUGUCACUCUGCUCUCCGUAGACGUAUGUUUUGGUUGUAAUAUCUUUGUAUUCAAUCAUCUCCUCUCUCUUUUUCUUCCUUUCUGUUGCUUUUAAUCUUUCUCGGGCUGGUCUUCUUUUUUAUAUUUGUUUUUUGAUCUCCCUCUCUGAAUUGAAUUUUGAUCUUUCUCCCUCCCUCUUUCGUAUAUUCAUGUCCUAAUUGUGAAUCUUCACUUUUUGUUAUCUUUCUCUUUCACUCGUUUCUCAUUUAAACUCGGACUAGUUUGUCAAUAUUCUUUUUGUAUUCCGUCAUCUUGUUUGUUAAAAAAAAAAAAAACAAAAAAAAAAAGAAACAGCAGCUAGCUAGUGAGUUGAAAAUGAGUUGUGUUAUAGAUGCCAUUGUGGGAAAAAUAUUAGAUCCAAUAUUUGACUAUUUGUUCUCAUCAAUUGGGCGUCAAAUUGGUUAUGUGGCUAAAUACAAGGAAAAUAUUAAGAAUUUGGAAGAAGAACUAAAGCAUCUUAAAGAUGUGAGGGACACGGUCCAAGCAGCUGUCGAUAUAGCCAAGGCCAACGGUAUGACCAUCAAAAAGGUUGCUGAGGAGUGGCUGGAGGAAGUGGAGCACUCAUUGACGACUAUGGAAGAAGAAUUCAAAGACAAAACAAAUAUCAAAUGUCUUGAUGUGCGUUCACGGUACAGGCUUGGUAAGAAAGGGAAGAAAAUGGCGAUGGAUGCUAUCAAACUAAAGCAGAAUCGCAAUGAGUUUGGCGAUGAAGUUGCACACCGCACUCUUCUCAAAGAUAUUUGGUACACAUCCAGCACGAGUUAUGAGCAAUUCAGUACCAGAGCAUCUAUUUUUGAGGAGAUCAUGAAGGCGUUGAGAGAUGAUAAGAAUUCCAAGAUCGGGAUAUAUGGAAUGGCUGGCGUUGGCAAGACAACAAUGGUGGAGGAAGUUGGUAAACAAGCUGAAAAGGGUCCUUUUGAUGAGGUCGCAAUGGCAGUUUUCUCCCAAAAUCCGGAUCUGAAAAAAAUUCAAGGAAAACUUGCAGAUUGUUUGAAUCUGACUCUAGAUAGAGAGAGUGAAGAAGGGAGAGCCGGUCAACUAUACAAUAGAUUGAAGAAUGGGAAAAAAAUUCUUGUAAUAUUGGAUGACGUUUGGGAUGAUAAGAAUACAUUGAAGAAAAUAGGUAUUCCAGCAGAUACAGAUGAUAAUAGCAUGGGUUGCAAAAUUUUGUUGACCUCCCGAAGCCUAGAAGUGUGCAAAAAGAUGGGGUUUGAAAAAAACUUCCCAAUUGGACUCCUUUCGGAAGCUGAAGCUUGGCACCUAUUCAAGAGAACGGUUGGAGAUUUUAUUGAAGCUGAUGCUCUUCAUCCCAUAGCGCAACAGGUGUGCAGAGAAUGUGAUCAUUUGCCAUUGGCAAUUUGUGCAGUUGGAGGAGCACUGAGUGGUUCGGAUCAUAUGCCUACAUGGAAUGAUGCACUUGAACAACUGAAACAUUGUCGGGGAUAUAAAAUUGAUGGAGUGGAACAAAAGGUGUAUUCAUGCAUUGAGUGGAGCUACAAGUAUCUGAAGCUCGCUGAUGUCCGGUCAUGCUUUCUGCAUUGCUCUUUGUUUCCUGAAGAUACGGAGAUUCCUAUUGACUGGUUGGUGACUUUGGGAGUAGGAACAAAGUUUCUUGAAAGUACAGAUAGAGCAUCAAUGAAAAGAGCAAGAGAUAGAACACUUGUGAUAGUUGGUAUCCUCAAGAAAUCUAACUUGUUGUUAGAAGGUGAAAAAGACAACAUGGUUAAAAUGCAUGACGUAGUUCGAGAUGUUGUCAUAUCAAUUACAUCAAAAGAUCAGAAUGCGUUUCUAGUGAAACACGGUAUCAAUGUUUGGCCGGAUAAAGAUGAUUAUAAAUAUUGCAAAGCAAUAUCAUUAAUAGCUUCCUACAAUGUUCGUCGGCUUCCCGAUCAGUUAGACUGUCAAGGACUAUGCACCUUACUAUUGGCGUCAAGUGGUGAUUCACCACUAGAACUUCCAAAUAGCUUUUUUGAAGGGAUGGAAAAGCUUGAAGUUUUGAUUUUGGAAAACAUGAAACUAGAACCGUCAUCACUUUCAAAUUUGAUUAGUCUUCGGAUGUUGUGGCUUAGGGGUUGUGACUUGGUGAACCUAUCUUUCCUCAGAGAAAUGAAAAAUCUUGAGAUACUAAUGAUUUAUCAUUCAAAGGAGGUGGUUAUGGAAAUAGAGCAGUUGACUUGUCUACGGUCCUUGUUUUUAGGCAAUUUUGUUAAGGGUACAAGACUUCCAUCAGGCUCCCUGUCAUCUCUAUCUGACCUCGAGGAAUUGUACAUUCCGAAUAUAUAUAAUGGAUGGGAGGUUGAAGGCAAUGCAAGCAUUGUUGAGAUAAAUCGUUUGACUAGCUUAACCGCUUUACAUAUUUAUAUACCAACAGAUGUCUUCUUACAACUACCCAAGGACCUUCCCAGCUUUUCGUUGUUAACGAAAUAUAAAAUUUGGAUUGGGUCUGAUCAUCAUUAUUUUUUUUCAAUGCUUGACAAACGCACAGAAACAAAGGUCUUGGGACUUGAUGGUAUUCCUUUGAUGGAUGGGCUUGAUGUUUUGAUUGCGAACGCUGAAGUACUAUUUUUGGCUCAUUUGGAAGGUUCAAAGAAGGUGCUUCACAACAGAGACAGAGAGUGGUUUUCAGACUUGAAGUAUCUUAGAGUUUGGGGAUGUGAGGACAUGGAACAUCUACUUGGCAAACCCAAAUGGAGUUCAAAAACUCAUGGACCAUCUCCAUUGGGUUCUUUUGGUAAAUUGAGAGUAUUAAAAGUUGAUUUUAGUACAUCAAUUAAGUAUCUGUUCUCCGCGUCCACUGCAAGAUGUCUUCCAAAACUACAAAAGUUAAAAGUUAGAGGAUGUGAGGCAUUGGAAGAAAUAAUUGGAGGUGACGAGGAAGUCACGGAUAAAGUUAUUUUUGAUCAGUUAAAGAUAUUGAAGCUGGUAGAUCUGCCAAACCUAAGAAGCAUUUACGUCAAUACGAAGAAGACAUCAACUACAGAGUCCAGCACACCUUCCACAGUUACACAACCUCUCUUCAAUGAAAAGGUUAUGUUUCCUGUCUUGGAGGUAUUGACAAUUAUAGGAUUGCAUAGCAUUAAAGCGAUAUGGGACAAGCAAUUACUCCCAGUGCCAAAAGUUGGAGAUUCCGUUCAGCAUCUCCAAGAGUUAAAUGCAUUCGAUUGUGAGGCAUUGGAAGAAAUAAUUGGAGGUGAUGAGGAAGUCACGGAUAAUGUUACUUUUCAUCAGUUAAAGAAAUUGGAUUUGAGGAGGCUGCCAAAUCUCAAAAGCAUUCACGCCAAUACGAAGAAGACAUCAACUACAGAGUCCAGCACGCCUUCCACAAUUAAACAACCUCUGUUCAAUGAAAAGGUUAUGUUUCCUGUCUUGGAGGUAUUGAGAAUUGUAGGAUUGGAUAACAUUAAAGCGAUAUGGGAUAAGCAAUUAAUCCCAGUCCUGAAAGGUGGAGAUUCCUUUAAGCAUCUCCAAAAGUUAGAGGCAAGCACAUGUAUGGAGAUGGAAGAGAUACUUGCAUUUGAAGUUGGACAAGGAGAAGAAGAAGCAGAAGCAAAUGAUGAGAUUCCCGUGUUCCCUCACUUAAAGGUUAUAAAUCUUUGGUCUUUGUAUAACUUGAAAAGUUCUAAAGAAGAAACAAAAGAAUCCCGACUACAAGCCUUGGUCAACCACAAGGUCGGAUUUCCUAGUUUGGAGGAUUUGUAUAUAACAUAUUGUGGUUGAAAGAUGUGUCGGGUUCCAUUUUUCAGUGAAUUAAAUGUAUGCAGUGUGUGCAAGAGCAUUAGAAUGAUGUUUUUGCAGGUCAGGUUUCCUAGUUUGGAGUAUCUGAUAAUAUGACGUUGUUAGUGAAAGAUUAGUGAAUUAAAUGUGUGGAAGAGUGUGUGAAUGUAUCAGUGAAAUAAGUGUGGCAGUAAGUAAAUGUUUGCCCCCUCCCCACCCCCGAAAAAAAAAAUUGAUUUGCAUUUGUUCAUGUAUGGGCUUGUUUAUCAACAGAAUAUUAUUAAAUAUGUUUUGUGUACCUUUGAGUGGAAAUUUUCUUUUAUUAUUAUUAUUUUUCAAA